GCUUCAUUCUCGGUGGGUGAUAGUAGUUGGAAGGACGACAUCGGUAAUAGAGUAUAAACCUUGCGCUCGUAGUACUUCACUGCUGUUCCUGGUUGUCUGUACGAAUAUUCUAAGAGUUGAAAUAACAAAAAGUGACCCACUAAAGAGGUGAAUGUGUUCCAUACAUCGUAAAAAAGGACAGGGAUACCAGAAUAUGACUAUGUCUGGGGCUGUUACCGUGAGGAAGAAGCUGGUCGUAGUUGGGGAUGGCGCGUGCGGGAAGUCGUGCCUCCUCAUCGCUUUCAGCAAGGACAUGUUCCCCGAGGUUUAUGUGCCAACUGUGUUUGAGACUUACGUGACGGACAUUGAAGUGGAGGGGCGGCGAGUUGAGCUGGCCCUUUGGGAUACAGCAGGGCAGGAGGAUUACAAUCGCCUUCGCCCAUUAUCCUACCCAGACACCGAUGUUGUCCUAAUGUGUUUUUCAGUGGACAGUCCAAACUCCUUGGAGAAUGUCCCUGUGAUUUGGAUGCCAGAGAUAAAACACUUUUGCCCUUAUGUGCCUGUUGUGCUGGUGGCUAAUAAGAAGGACUUGAGGAAUGAUGAAAAACUUCGCGCUGACCUGGCGAAAAGUAAACAGUGCCCAGUACGGAGCGAAGACGGUAAAGCCAUGGCGCAGAGGAUCGGGGCAUAUGACUACGUAGAGUGUUCCGCUAAAACCCGAGAAGGUGUCCGGCAAGUCUUCGAGACCGCCACAAAGGCUGCCUUACAGAAAAGGCAGAAACCAAACCGAAGAGGAUGCAUGAAAUGCAGCGUGCUUUGAGAUGACUGAUUGCUUGGGGGGCCGGGGUCGUGGCCGAUCUGAAGCUUAGAAGAAAAGCUUGCGGAUGAACAGAGUCGUGUUCUCCUGACUUUUACUACCUCCUAAGUAUUAGACUGGUGCAGGAGCCGUGCCCUCAGGGUCGUGUGGAAAGCAUAACGCCCAGAGGUGCUGCCACCUGCCAUGGGGGUCCAAAGUGCCCGAAGACUUUUGUGCCACCAUGUACAUCGGCAGUGGCACCGAGAACUUUAAAUCCAGCACGGGUGGGCGCAUUCUGCGCCUCACUUUAUUUAUGUUUUUGCAGACCCACUGGAUGUAUUACUGUUUUAUAAAACGUUAUUCCUCGUCGAGAAUGAAUUAGUGAGCGAUAAUUGUGAACAUUUUACAACACUACAAUAUCCAGUGAUAGGUUACUGUUUUAACGGACUUGAAUCGAAGGGCUGCAUGUAAUUGUGAUUUAUAUUUUUUUAAGUCAUGUUACACUCGUUCAUUUUUAAACAAUGGGACAUUUUUAAAAACUGUAAAGCAAAUGUGCACAUGUGUAGUAGUUGAUGUAUAGCUGAAGUUGGCUAAAAUAGUUUAAUUAUUGUGCUUGCAGAUGGUACGUAAGGUUCUCAUGUUUUUGGUGGCGGCUUCGCAUGAGACGCACUCCUAAUAAGACACUAAUGUUAUGAGUAAUAAUGCACUACAUCGAGAAGGCAGUUAUUCCCCCCCACCCCCAUCAGUUAGAGUUGACAACCUACUUACUGUUAUUCCAUCUGGAAAACCUGUAGGAUGAUGGAUGAAUGUUGUCCCCUCCCCAAGUUUUUCAUUUAUAAAACGUGUUAUUUUCUGUGGCAGAAGCUGUUUUCAGUGCGAGUGGCCUUUUUGACCCCGGUUUUCGGAGAAAAUGUGGGGACAUUUAAAGUGUGGGUUGUGAAGCAUCAUGAAACAUUUUUUUUCGUAUUGCAAAGCACAAAUGUUGGUGCCCCCCCCCCCCCCCCACACACACACACCCCCCUGGCAUUGCAUUACAAAUGGUACGUUUUACCAGUUGGCAAACGUCUGGGUCGUUAAUAUUGUAGCCAUGGUCAAUGCACAAUCAAAAUUGUAAAUACAUGCAUAUUUUCUAUUUACGGAAAAAAGUCAGCUUGUUGCAUAUUGGUAAUUACUUUAUGAAAGUGGGGUAGCCAGCAGUAUCUUGGAUAAGUAAAGUGUGUUUGCAAUAUAUUACUUUGUUUUCAUUUGAGAGCUUGCUAAAGUCCAGUUUAGACGUUCAUCAUGCGUCAUCCUUCUGUCCAUACUGCAGUGCAACUGCUUAAGGAGACUUCACAACUAAUAAGCCCCCGCUCUCUGCAGUUACUGGGGAGCAGAACUACAAACAUCCGAUAAUUUGCUGAUAUAACACAGUAAAAAAAACAGGACAACCAUUUCCAGGGUGUGUCCCGUUGAGAUAUAUAUUUUUUUGUUGUUAAGAAUAUGUCCAACGCACAAUUUAGAGAUCACUUAGCAAGUGAAUGAAUGUUUAACAUGUACUUGUAGUUUUUUUUUUUUCGUUUUAAAUAUGUAUAUGUCUAGAUUACAUAUUGAAGUCAUGUUAUAAGAUGAAAACAGUGACGUAAACAUUCAACUCCUUACAUAACAGUUGAAACGGCAGAUUUUAAUGCCACCACGUUUGUUUCAAGGAGAAUGCUUGUAAACUUUUGCAUAGUACAUUGUUUACAGCACAGACAUUGUAACCUUUCAAAUCUAAAAGUUAACAGCACACUGUUUCAUUUUGUGUAUUGUUAGAAGAAUGAAUUGCAUUAUGGUGAGAAAUCGAUCUUUCAGAAAAAAAAUGUGAUUGUAUUUUUCAAAGGAGUGAUCUAAUGUGUUACAGUCUGUUUGCCUUAAAAUAAAGUACAUUAUUUUUUAUAAUAAU